AUGUCUCCGCCGUCGAGUUUAUCGGAGCGUCGCGAUGAAGCUGUGACAGAAUCGACAUCAUGGCUGGCCAAGGUUCAUCCGUAUUUCAAGAACCCUUCGCAUGUUUUAGUGUUUAAACUGGAUUGCUUAUUGCUCGUGUGGGCAUUUAUAGCCGGUCUCUUCAAGGACAUGGACCAGUCUGCCACGACAGCCGCAUUUGUCUCCGGAAUGAAGGAAGAUCUGAAUCUCUACGGCAAUGAACUUGUAGAGUUUACGACAUAUUUCUCCAUUGGCUAUGCGAUCUUUAUCGUUCCAUCGCAACUCAUCCAAACUCGAGUCCGACCAUCUAUCUUCCUACCAGUUUGUGAAAUUAUAUGGGGUCUUUUUACACUCUUCACCUACAAAGCCCCAAAUGCCAAAAUCAUCUAUGCGCUGAGAUUUCUUCUUGGCGUAUUUGAGUCUACAUCGUGGCCUGGUAUUGUAAACCUGAUCUUUAAUUGGUAUCGUCCUGAAGAACUUGGAAAGCGGCUGGCCAUUUUCGGUGUCAGCGGUGUAGCAGGAAAUAUGUUUCUCGGCAUCCUCCAAGCUGCACUCUACAGGAACCUCGACGGAGUCUCGGGUCAUGCUGGUUGGCAAUGGCUGUUCAUCAUUAGCGGUAUAAUGACGAUAUUCUGGGGUUUCAUUGGUCUACUUGUCAUUCCUGACUCACCCGCCAUUACAAGAGCUCUCUGGCUCACUGACGCCGAAAAAGAGCUUGCUCGUCUUCGCAUGAACGACUGUGGUGUCAAAACGUCUGGCAUCAUCCCUCUUAAAACUCUCGUUCACAAACUCAAACUUCUCGUCAUGAGUCCAUUGUCGUAUUUGUUUCUCGCGGCAUAUCUUCAAUUUGCAUGGAGUCAGCGCGCGAACUCUUACUUCUUGCUCUUCCUCAAAGGACUAAACAAUGCGGAUGGAACACCACGUUAUUCAGUAUACACCGUUAACCUGAUUCCACUCGGCGGAUAUGCUAUCAGUAUAGUCUGCAAUAUUGGCCUCAACGCCCUCAGCGAUUGGAAAGCGUGGCGUUGGCAGGUUAGUGUCGGCGCCGCCACAAUUCAACUUAUCGCAACAUCUGUUCUUUCAGGCUGGCCUGAUUCAUGGAGGACAAUCAUGGGCUUCUACUUCCUUACCUUUGCUACUGCAGCUUGGGGAUAUGCAUUACUUGCUUGGGUGGGCGAAAUUCUGAGAAAGGAGCCCGAAGUGCGGUCGAUUUUGGUGGCGAUUGCUAUAACAUUGGUCUAUGUUGGACACGCAACGAUUCCUUUACGCGCUUGGCGUGUGAGUGACUCCCCUAGGUAUCCAGUUGGAUUUUCUCUGGCUGCUGCGUUUAGUGCUGGAAGUAUCCUUGCCAUCUUAGGAAUUUUGUUUUAUGUGAGAAGAUAUCCUCAGGUUGUGAGUUGGGGACUGGAUCCUGCGAAUGAAAUUGCUGCGGAGGAAGAGGGUAUCUCUGGGACGAAUGAUCGAAAGCAGCCCGACGAACGAAGUAUUCAGGUUUGA